AUGGUGUGCAAGCCGCCUGUCACGGCCAGCGAUCUAGGACGUAAAACUGCCUUGAAUUGGGCUCUAUUGAAAAGAUUCUACUCUAAUGGGGAAAAGGAAAGGAAAAAAGAGGCUCAUGCUUGGACCGUGCUCCAUUACGUUAUGGCGCUCCACUACGUGACACCGACUAUACGCGGUUUUCUUACGUAUGUCGUCGUAGUCGUUUACGACGGGCAUUUAGCUCGUCAUGACGUGCUACGUUGUCAUUGUCAGAUUGUAGGGCCGCCCAUAGAAACAUGUACAGUAUCAAGAGGCCGAGAGUGGCUGGAAGAUCACAACACACAACAAUAUACAAUCAUCAUCUUAUCAUCAAUCAUCCAUCAGUCAAUCUGGACAGGCGACUUUGAUCGAAGUCAUCCGCCAGCCCCACCAAAAUCGACGCGUCUCUAUCCACCAACAUGCCUCUACCACCACCAAAACAGCUUGAAUUAA